AUGAGGACAAGGACUUGACGAAACUCCUCACAGGAUAUCAGGAGAUGGUUGGUUUUCUGCGUGUUCAUAAGGGGGAUCCCUUCAUAAGGUGGCAUAGACCAAGUGACCAACAGCCAGGUUCCUGUGAUAUUAGAAGCAUCCACAUUUUCUCUGAAGCUGUGAAAGAGGAGGUCCCUGGUGCUUGAACGGUUGAAUGAGGCCCCGUGGAUGGCUCGAGCGGGCCUUCAUCUGGUGCAUCAGGCAGUUGCUCCUCGUCGGCCCAAGGCUCACAACUUGAUUUGUAGAUUGGGUUGAUGUCACUUAGGCAGCCGAUGUGGUGAGUCCUUUUCUCAUUUUUGUUGUUAUCUGGUGCGAGUUGUGCAGCAUCUUAUAUUAGUCCUUCUUUUCUCCCUUUUUUCUUGGGCUGGUCUUAAUUUCUUUUCUCCUUUUUGUCGUUAUCUCGUGCAACUUGUGGAGGAUCAUGCAUUAGCCCUUUUUCUCCUUCUUGCCUAUGCAAAUCUGUACUUUUGCAAUAUAUACAAAUCAGGGGCGUGCUCUACUGCCACCUUCCUGGCCCAGUCCCCAGUCUCACCCAAGACUGACUUACGCAACUCCACGCAUAUAUUCAUUAAACUUUCAGUCAGCUAAGAAAGAAUCAGAGAAGAACAAUCGAGCUGUCAUCAUCAUGUGGCGUGAUGAUCACAUUUUUUAUGGAAGAUGUCCCAUCACUUAGCCGCCCUGUUGAUUUAUUAUACAAUCUCCAUCUCCAUCUGUCAUGAGUCAUCACUCAUCAAUCGUAAGUUAUUAGCACUUGCUCAGUCACAUAGCCAGCUAUUGAAGUUCCACCCAGCGAGCGUUUGACCAGUCACUUAGCCAGCCACAUAUAUAUUCAUAAGUGGACGUUUGGUACCCAAGAAAUCACUGGCGGUUCCCAAGUCGAUCCCAAUGGAGCUACCACCAUGGGUGCCCUUCUUCGCCGUCGUGCUUGCAACAGUGCUCUUCCUGGCAACCAUUCUCCGUCGUGGUGGCCACCGCGCAUACAGGCUUCCUCCUGGACCUAAGCCAUGGCCGAUCAUCGGCAACCUUAACCUCAUGGGCGCGCUCCCGCACCGCUCCAUCCAUGCGCUCUCCAACAAGUACGGCCCUCUCAUGUACCUCCGAUUCGGCUCUUUCCCUGUCGUGAUCGGAUCGUCAGCGGAGAUGGCCAGGUUCUUCCUCAAGACCCACGACGCAGUGUUCAUCGACCGGCCUAAGAUGGCCGCUGGCAAGUACAACACGUACAACUAUAGCGACAUCACUUGGUCCCCGUACGGCGCCUACUGGCGCCAGGCACGCAAGAUAUGCCUGACCGAGCUCUUCAGUGCCAAGCGACUGGAGUCGUACCAGUACAUCCGCACCGAGGAGAUGCGCGCGCUCCUGCACGAUCUGCAUGAGGCCUCCGGGCGCGUCGUGGUGCUCAAGGAGUUCUUGUCCACCAUGAGCCACAACGUGAUCACCCGCAUGGUGCUGGGCAAGAAGUAUCUGCACACCAACGAAGGGGACUCCGGGACGACGCUGGAGCAGUGCAAGUGGAUGAUCGACGAGUGGUUCGUGCUCAACGGCGUGCUCAACAUCGGUGACUCCAUCCCGUGGCUCGGCUGGAUGGACCUGCAGGGGUACAUCAAGAGGAUGAAGAAGCUGAAUAAGAUGUUCGAUGGGUUCCUCGAACAUGUCGUGGAAGAGCAUGAAGGGCGACGCCGCCUCGAGGGGGAUAGCUUCGUGGCAAAGGACAUGGUCGACGUGCUGCUGGAGAUAGCCAGCGACCCCAAUCUCGAGGUACAGAUCCACCGGGAUGGGAUCAAGGCGUUCAUUCAGGAUCUCAUCGCGGGCGGGACAGAAAGCUCGGCCAUGGCGGUUGAGUGGGCAAUGUCGGAGAUGCUCAAGAAACCCGAGCUGUUCGCCAAUGCCACGGCGGAGCUGGACCGCGUGGUGGGGCGAGGCCGCUGGGUGACUGAGGAGGACAUCCCGAGUCUCCCCUACGUGGAGGCAAUUGUCAAAGAGACUGUGCGGCUGCACCCGGCAGGGCCGAUGCUAGCGCCUCGCCUGUCGCGCAAGGACGCCUCCGUUGGUGGCUACGACAUCCCUGUUGGCACACGCGUGUUCGUUAGUGUGUGGGCCAUCGGCCGCGACCCGGCGUUGUGGGAUGCCCCGGAGGAAUUCAUGCCGGAGCGGUUCCUCGGCAGCAAGAUCGAUGUAAAGGGGCAUGACUUCGAGUUGCUGCCUUUUGGGUCCGGACGGCGGAUGUGCCCUGGGUACAGCCUCGGGCUCAAGGUUAUCCAGGUGAGCCUGGCCAACCUGCUGCACGGCUUUGCCUGGAGGCUCCCCAACGGCAUGGUGAAGGAGGAGCUAAACAUGGAGGAGAUAUUCGGGAUGACCACGCCGCGGAAGUUCCCGCUUGAAGCCGUCGUGGAGCCUAAGCUCGCCGCUCACCUCUACACCAAGGCUUGAUAUGAGUAUUGAGAUUAGAGGUAAAAGCUAGCCAUGACCCAUGUUUAGCACAUGCAUCCUCUCACAUGCUCACGAGAGCUCCUAAACAGACUAGACUGCUGCAUAUGCAACUAAUAUUAAUUUUUGGAAAAAAAAACAUGUCAAACUGUUUCUCACU